CAUUUUGUCAGAGACAAGUGAUGCAGGCUAACGGUACGACUGGCUCAAUUCCUCUUACUCGACCCUUCCGAUGCUUCCUCACCUCUCCUCCACCCAAUCAUUAAUGCACACGUGUCUUCUCAAAUCGCUCCUUUUCCCCCUGGCUCACCCGCCAAACUUUGUUUCCUAUAAGUACGGGAUCCGAACUACUAUAAACAAAGCAGCCUCUCAACCUACUACCAAUACCAUCGUCCAAAUGGAGUCACACUCACACGAUUCUCAGAAGCUCCGAUUUGACUUCCUUCAACUCCUCCAUAGCCGGCGAUCCGCCAACGUUCCGCUGUCUGUAGAAAUUGGAAAACCGGUGGCGGAUCCGUUGUAUCAGGAUAAUACGUUGCCCAAAACCAGGAGUGAGGCGAUGGAGUCUUGUCCAAAAGUAGUGAUCAAGAAUUUCAAAGAGUUGUUGAAAGAGGAGAAUCUUUAUUUGAUUACUGAGUCAGGAGAGCAAGGGCGUUUGCCUGUGCUAAUUAUGAGCAUGAAGGAAAAUGAAGAAAGAAGACCUGCUAUUGUUUUCCUGCAUAGCACAAACAAGUGCAAAGAGUGGUUGCGGCCCUUGCUUGAGGCCUAUGCAUCACGGGGUUAUGUUGCCGUUGCAAUUGACUCUCGCUACCAUGGUGAACGUGCCGGCAAUAAGACCACUUAUCGAGAUGCUCUUAUAUCAUCAUGGAAAAGAGGUGAUACAAUGCCAUUCAUAUAUGACACGGUAUGGGACUUGAUAAAACUGGCAGAUUAUCUCACACAGAGGGAGGAUGUAGACCCCACCAGGAUUGGAAUUACUGGUGAAUCGCUGGGAGGAAUGCAUGCAUGGUUUGCUGCUUUUGCUGAACCCAGAUAUUCAGUGGUUGUCCCUAUAAUUGGCGUGCAGGGUUUUCGUUGGGCCAUAGACAAUGAUAAGUGGCAAGCUCGAGUUGACAGUAUAAGGCCUUUAUUUGAAGAAGCUCAAAAAGAUUUAGGCAAGAGUGCAAUUGAUAAAGAAGUGGUGGAGAAGGUUUGGGAUAGAAUCGCACCAUUUCUGGCAUCCAGCUUUGAUUCACCAUACACAAUUCCAGCCAUUGCACCACGCCCGCUGCUAAUUGUUAAUGGUGCAGAAGAUCCUCGUUGCCCACUUGAAGGUUUAGAGAUUCCCCGAUUAAGAGCAAGCAACGGUUAUGCAGACGCCCAUUGUCUGCAUAAAUUUAAGCUGAUUGCGCAACCUGGAAUUGGGCAUCAAAUGACAGCAUUAAUGGUGAAAGAAGCUAGUGAUUGGUUCGACAAGUUCCUCAAGCACUGAUGUUGUUCUGUUAAAUCGUCUGUUUUACGUUGGAGAUUUAUUCUUGUGAAUUAUAUUAAUACUAAGAUGAACGAGUUCUUGCUUCAAGUUUUUAACCCGUCCAAGUAUUAUGAAAGUGUAAUUGCCAUGUCCAUGUUGUCAUUAUUUGUCAUAUUCGAAUUUAAGUAACCUAUUUGAUCGGUGUAUAUAACACCUCUUUUCAA